UUUCGGUUUGGAGAGAGGGAGAGAGAUUCGCUUCGUAUAUAAGCCACCGAAACCAAAAGGCCUACAAAUUUAGUGGAGAGAGAAAGAUACAGAAACAGAGAGAGUUCUAGAGAGAGAGAGAGAGAGCGACGAAGCCGCUUUUGUGUUGGGGGCUUCAGGGACAUAGAGAGCUACGGCCAUGGCAGAGUCUAGCGAUUCCGUUUCCAUCGACGUGGAAAAGAUCUAUCUUGGUGGAAAGGAACAUCUAAUUCCAACUGGCUGUGGUUCUGUCUCUGUUAUCGUCUAUGGAGACCAAGACAAGCCAGCACUUAUUACUUAUCCUGAUUUAGCUCUAAACCAUAUGUCAUGUUUUCAGGGAUUAUUUUUUUGUCCAGAAGCAGCUUCUUUGCUGCUCCACAAUUUCUGCAUAUACCAUAUCAGCCCUCCUGGCCAUGAGUUGGGAGCUGCUUCAAUUUGUUCCGAUGAUCCUGUGCCUUCUGUUGAUGACUUAGCAGACCAGAUCAAUGAGGUUCUUGACUUCUUUGGGCUUGGUGCAGUUAUGUGCAUGGGGGUAACAGCGGGUGCCUAUAUCCUUACCCUUUUUGCUAUGAAAUAUAGGGAACGUGUUCUUGGCUUGAUACUUGUAUCCCCUCUAUGCAAAGCUCCCUCUUGGACUGAAUGGUUUUACAAUAAGGUGAUGUCUAAUUUACUAUAUUACUAUGGCAUGUGUGGUUUGCUAAAAGAUUGUUUGCUUCAGCGGUACUUCAGCAAGGAGGUUCGUGGUAGUCCAGAAAUUCAGGAGUCGGAUAUAGUUCAAGCAUGCAGAAAAUUGCUGGAAGAGAGGCAGAGCAUAAAUGUUUUGCGGUUUCUUCGAACAAUUAAUAGGAGACCUGACAUCAGUGAAGGAUUGAAGAGGCUAAAAUGUCGCACCCUUAUAUUUGUUGGGGAUAGCUCUCCUUUCCAUUCUGAAGCUAUCUAUAUGACCUCAAAAUUAGAUGAGCGAUACUGUGCGUUAGUAGAGGUCCAUGCUUGUGGAUCAAUGGUCACAGAGGAACAACCACAUGCAAUGCUGAUACCAAUUGAGUACUUCUUCAUGAAUUAUGGAUUGUAUAGGCCGUGCCAGUUCAGUGACAGCCCAAGGAGCCCACUCAGCCCAUCUUGCAUCUCCCCUGAGCUCCUCUCUCCAGAAAGCAUGGGGUUGAAGCUCAAACCCAUCAAAACAAGAGUGUCACUUGAAGUUUAAGAAGGAACAUAUGCAGAAAGUGGAAUUGCUAUAAACUUCUAUGAAAUCAUAAGUGGAUCAAAAUUUUUUUUUUCUCUCUCUUUUUUGUGUAUCAUCAUUUCUUUAAUUAUUUUUUCAAAGAUUAGAAGGGGUUGGAGGGGUUGUAGAUAAAGAAGGUAAAGAAUUUUAAGAGGGAUGUAUAAAUAUAAUAUAUAUAGGAAGGAGCCUGCAUUCAUUCAUUUGUAGUCAGUCAUAAACGAAAUAUUUGAGCUCUCUGUAAAUUCUAAAAGAGACUGAUUUUAUUUAUGGUGACGAGCAAUCAAUAAUGGAGAUGAA